AUGCUAAGUGGUCAACUAUUUUAUAAAUAUUUCGAAACUCUCUCUUUUUUUACAGAAAAACUCCGCCUAUCUCUCUGCGUGGGGUGCGGAGGUCAAAUCCACGACCAAUACAUCCUGAGGGUAGCUCCCGACCUAGAGUGGCACGCCGCUUGCCUCAAAUGCCAAGAAUGUAGACAAUUUCUGGACGAAAGCUGUACCUGCUUCGUUAGAGAUGGAAAAACAUAUUGUAAAAGAGAUUAUACUAGGUUAUUUGGAACGAAAUGUGACAAGUGCGGAUCCUCCUUUAGUAAGAACGACUUCGUAAUGCGCGCCAAGACGAAGAUCUACCACAUCGACUGCUUCAGAUGCUGCGCCUGCUCAAGACAACUUAUACCAGGUGACGAAUUCGCGUUACGAGAAGGAGGUGCACUAUAUUGUAGAGAAGAUCACGAUGUUUUAGAAAAGAGUGCAACAGCGAGUGGUGGAACUAGCGGCAACACAGAAAGCAACAACAACACGACCCUCAGCAACAACAACUCACACCAUCCACACGAAUUAGGAUCUAUGUCUGAUUCUGGCAGUGAAUCAGGAUCCCACAAAAGCGGUCGCGCUCGAACUUCAACUGCUACGGACGGCAAACCCACGCGAGUACGAACUGUGUUGAAUGAGAAGCAGUUACACACAUUGAGAACAUGCUACGCAGCCAACCCUCGGCCUGACGCUCUCAUGAAAGAACAGCUCGUAGAGAUGACCGGCCUCAGUCCAAGAGUCAUAAGGGUCUGGUUCCAGAACAAACGCUGCAAAGACAAGAAGAAAACGAUCCAGCUGAAGAUGCAGAUGCAGCAGGAAAAGGUGAUAUCUUAUCCUCAUUUGCAACAGGAAGGAAGACGUCUGGGCUACAUGUCAAUGGGGGUCCCCCUGGUGGCGGGGUCCCCGGUUCGCCACGAGCCCGCGGGUUCACUCGCGCUCGAGGUCACCGCCUACCAGCCCCCCUGGAAGGCGCUCUCGGACUUCGCCCUCCACGCCGACCUCGACAGGGCGCCGCAGCAUAGCGCAGCCUUCCAGCAGUUGGUUAACCAGAUGCACGGCUACGACAUCCCGAACCUCCCCCCUCCGCGCGCGCCGCACGGCGAGGACAACUACGUGACGUACCUGGAGAGCGACGACAGCCUCCCCCCCUCGCCCUAG